AUGGCAACGCAGACACAGACAGAAUACCUCGCCGAGCCCUCCAGCGCCGCGCACAGCGAUGCGGCGGCGUCGGCCGGCCUCGCCAAGACACAGUCGGUGGUAACGGUCAACAGCAGGGACAUUGCCGACACCACAUCCCCCAGCUUGUUGAUUGAGCUUGGCCGUGUUCGCAGCAGACAGGUCGACCUUGUUGAAUCCCGCAGUAGCCGCGAGGAUCCGGCUGGCCUCUCGGAAGAGCAAGGCAGCCCGGCUCGUCUGAUGCCGCAAGGCGUUCCGCCCGAGCUGCCUAACCUCAUGGCCGAAGUUGUCUUUGUGCUCGUCUGCACGGCAGGGCAAUUGAUCUUCUCCUUGACGCUUGGCCACAUUACCGUGAAUCAGUUCGUCUUUCAAAAGGCCUUGGGCAUUGUGCCCUCGCAGAUCCCAUGGCUGCUGGGUGCGUCCACGCUGGCGAGCGGUCUGUCCGUCAUUGUCUUUGGCCCUCUCGCCGACUUGGCGCCUCCCAAGCCUCUCAUGAUCGGUGCCUUUCUGUGGGAAGCUGCUUGGAACGCGGUGUCUGCGUUGGCCAUCUCGCCCAAGCUCAAGAUUCUCUUCUUUGUGUCUCGAGCGAUGCAGGGAUUGGCGGUCGGCGUGCUCGUAUCCGCGUCGAUGAGCAUCUUGGGGCGAGUGUACAAUCCCGGCAUGCGCAAGACCCGCGUAUUUUCCAUGAUGGCGGCCGGUGCGCCGUUUGGGUUUUGGAUCGGCGCGAUGCAGGGCGGCGCUCUCAGUUCCCACCUUCCAUGGAUCUUUGGGAGCACGUCGCUGUUCCUCUGCGCUUGUGCCACGGCCGCCUUUUUUACAAUUCCCCCGCUGGUCCCUGCCAGAGACAGCAACUCAGUGGACGCGCCGUCGAUCAAGCAUUUUGACUAUAUUGGCGCGGCACUGGCAUCUCUGGGCAGCGGCUUGAUCCUGUUUGGACUCACCCAGGGCUCCUCCGUGCAAUGGAACCCGUACACAUAUUCCCUUGUUAUCGUAGGCGCACUUAUGUUGGUUGCGUUUUACUUCUCGGCCCCAUAUGUAAAGAGACCUCUCGUACCGCAGGCUGUAUGGAAGACGCCUGGCUUUGUUCCAGUUUUGCUGGCUUACGUGUUUGGAUUCGGCGGAUAUGCCGGAGCAUGGCAAUUCUAUGCCAUUCAAUUUUGGAUCAGAUACCAAGGGGCGUCGCCAUUUAAAGUAGCGCUCUACCUCCUUCCCAAUGCCCUGGUGGGGGUGGCAGCCGUCUGGCUUGUGUCCAGAACGCUUCACGUUCUCCCUGGCCACUGGAUCUUGGCCACAAGCAUGGUCUUUUUCGGCAUAGGAAACGUUUUCUUCCUUCCACAGCAGCCGGGCACUUCGUACUGGGCGCUCUCCAUGCCCGCCGUGGCAUUGGCGUCUCUCGGCCCCGACUUGAGCUUUGCGGCCGCGACCAUCUUCAUCACCUCGAGUGUGCCAAGGUCGUACCAAGGCUCGGCGGGUAGCUUGCUGGUGACGGUCCAGAACUUGACCCUGGCCAUCAUGACCUCAGUGUCCGACUCAAUCGGGAUCAAAGUUGACAGAUUGCCAUCAGGGGAGAUUGGCCUGGAAGGCAUGCGCGCCAUCUGGUGGUUUGGCCUUGCCUUGUCUAUUGUAGCGGCCGUGAUUGCGGCCACCAUGGUCCGAAUCCCAAAGGCGGAGGAGAAGGAACACGUGCAAUAG